CAGACGUGGAGGCAGCUCCCACGGCCGCUGGCAUCGCUGCUGCAGGCAGAGACCCUCCAUUGUCAGCCCUGGGGGGGCCGCCGGGGGCCAGGCCCUGCAUGGGGGUGCGGGGAGGGGCCCGGCAGCGGCGGGGCUGGGUUUAGGGGCUGUCCCCUGGGCUGGCCGGAGGGGAACACCGGGAGGGGUGUCACGGGGGGGGUGGCAUCCUGCGCUGCUGGGGCUCAGGCGGGGAGCGGGGUGCUGCCCCCUGACCCCCCGGGAGCAGGGGUGCGAUGAGCUCUCAGGAUGAGCAGUUCCAAGCAGGAGCCCCUGACCCAGCGGCUUCCUCCGCCGAUGAUGGCAUGACCUGGUGGUACAGGUGGCUCUGCAGGAUUGCCGGGGUCAUCGGGGGCCUGUCCUGUGCCUUCGCUGGUCUCUGGAACUGUGUCACCAUCAACCCCCUAAAUAUCGCGGCCGGCGUGUGGAUGAUGCUCAACGCCUUCGUGCUGUUCCUGUGCGAAGCCCCCUUCUGCUGCCAGUUCAUCGAGUUUGCAAACGCCGUCUCUGCGAGGGCGGACAAGCUGCGGCCCUGGCAGAAAGCCGCUUUCUACUGCGGGAUGGCCGUGUUCCCUGUUGUGCUCAGCCUGACGCUCACCACGCUCUUUGGGAACGCCAUUGCGUUUGCCACCGGGGUGCUUUAUGGCAUGUCCGCGCUCGGCAAAAAGGGAGACGCCAUUUCCUAUGCCCGGAUCCACCAGCAGCAGAAGCAAAUGGAUGAAGAGAAGCUCACGGGGGCGCUGGAAGGACAGGCUCUCUGAAGCACGAAAGCUCGGGGUAACUUCUUCUGGACACUGAGAUGGUGAAGAUAUGGAAAUCCACUCCGCCCUUCCCUCUGCCCGCUCCCCUCUCCAUUACGCCAUGAUUUCCCCGGACACUGCAGCAGCUGGAAAUCUCAGGGGCUGGGGCAGGCUGUGCCCUCUUCUCACACCAGCAGCCAG